GCUUCACCUUCCACCUCGUAUUGUGGCUGUGGUGUGCGUUGGCAGGUAUCUUUUCUGUUUCAAAAAGGACUGCAGGCUCAGUCUUUCUGUUUGUUCAGUGUGAACGUCAUCCCUUCUUCACCAACAACCUCAAAAGUCAUGGCGAAUCGCUUCGUCCGGUCCUCCAAAUACCGGCACGUGUUCGGUCGGUCAACUCGGAAGGAACAAUGCUAUGACAAUGUGAGAGUGUCGAAGAAUGCCUGGGACACCAAUCUGGUCAAGGCCAACCCCGAAUACCUAGCGGUCAACUGGGACAGCAGUGGUGGUGGCGCAUUUGCAGUCAUUCCUGUGAACGAAAGAGGUCGACUACCGGAAAGGAUACCUUUAUUUCGAGGACAUACCGCCGUCGUACUAGACACAGACUGGAACCCUUUCAAUGACUCUCUGAUAGCCUCUGGCUCCGACGAUGGCAAAGUCUUCUUGUGGAGAGUGCCCGACGAUUUUACCCUCCAUCUCGACGUUCCCGCGGACGAGGUCCAGGACGUUGCUCCGGUGGGCAAGCUGAGCGGUCACCCGAAAAAAGUCGGUCAUGUCCUGUUCAACCCCGCCGCCGAAAACGUUCUAGCAUCCGCCGCUGGAGACUUCACCGUCAAGAUUUGGGAUAUCGAGUCUGGCAAUGCCAAACUCAACUUGAAGGUUGGCGAGGUCAUUCAAUCCAUGUCCUGGAGCGCGAAUGGAUCUCUACUGGUCACCACAUCUCGAGACAAGAAAUUGCGAAUAUGGGAUACGAGACAGGAGAAGCCAGCUCACGAAGUUGCGGGACAUGCCGGUGCCAAAAAUAGCCGAGCCGUGUGGAUGGGUGAGCACGAUAGAAUUGCAACCACGGGAUUCUCCAGAAUGAGUGAUCGACAACUUGCUCUCUGGGAUGUUCGGGCCCCUGAACAGCCCGUCGAUGGUUUUCAGAUGCUCGACUCCAUCUCGGGUGUUUGCAUACCUUUUUGGGAUGAUGGCACCCAGUGCUUAUACCUUGCCGGCAAAGGCGAUGGCAACAUUCGUUACUACGAAUACGAACACGAUAAAUUCGAGUAUCUGUCGGAGUACAAGUCGGCCGAUCCGCAGCGUGGAAUUGCCUUUGUCCCUAAGAGAGGCGUCAACAUGCACGAAAACGAAGUGAUGCGAGCUUACAAAACCGUCAACGACACGUACAUUGAGCCCAUCUCAUUCAUUGUGCCUCGACGAGCAGAGACAUUCCAGGAAGAUAUAUACCCACCCACUGUGGGACUGAAACCAGCCAUGAGUGGCCAGGAAUGGUUCGAAGGAGCCGAAGGCCUACCACCGAAGAUCUCCAUGGAAAGCAUGUAUGAAGGACAAGGGAUCAAGGAGGUUGCAGCCGACGCACCGAAACCCGCGCCUAAGAAGGCCCCCGAACCCAUCAAGGCGCCCGAGGUGAAGAAAGAAGUUGCCGAGCCAUCCCCAGUGACAACACCUGCAAUGCGCUCUCCGCCCCCGUCGAUGAAAGAGCAAGGCGCCACUAUGAUGGCCGUUGCCGAUAAAUUUCAGGAUACCGAGCCGGUGGAAGACGAUGGAGACGACGAUUCGAGUUUCGAAGAGGUUCAGAAACCAGCGGAGAGAACUUCAGCAGCUAAGCCUGCUGGUGUAGAAACCAAGAAGCAGGAUUCGACGCCGGCUGCCAGCAAGGUCUGGGAAGAUGUUGAAGCACCAGAGCAGCCAAAGGCUGCACCAACUCGAAAAACAACUGAUCCCGUUGUCAAAUCUCCGAAGCCUAUCGAUGACGCUGCUGCAAGCGCGGGCGACGACCAUUCAGUACAAGGAGAGAUCAAGAACAUGAAGGCCAUGAUGGCUCAACAAUCACGGCAAAUCAAUAGUCUGACUGAAACAAUAUCUGAGCUUGUAGCUGAGGUGAAGGCGCUCAAGGGACCGUAGGGCCGAUAGGGGGGCGUUUGAUGAUUUUAUUAGCGUUGUUCAAUCACAAUUUCUCGCCCACACAUGACUUUUUGACGGAUGUUAUGGCUAUAACUGUAAUUGUGACCAUAUCUAUGAUGUGAUGAUCGG